UCCUCUGCCCACCUGGAAAAGAGAAAUUCCUGCAAAAUCCUCCUUGGUGACGUGUGUCCUCCAGGCAAAUCCCUGGGGCUGGAUUUUCGAAAGCUGCCUGCUCCCGUGGCAUCGCGCCUGGUCCUCCUGCCUGCAAGAGGAGUAAAGCUGGGCUCGUGCCCAGCACGUGGCCAUCUUCCCUCCUGGAUGCUGCCCAUGCUCCGAGGGACGCUGCCGGGGAGGAGCCAGCCCCUCAGCCAUGCGGAGCGGGUUUGAGAGGCCGUGGAGUGCCAGCGAAGGAAAGCGGCAAAGAUGCUGAAGGCAAGGCUUCGGCAGCCCUGUCUGCAAAUCCAGCCCGGCUGCCCCGCUCCCGGCGAGGCUGCACAAAACCCGUGUGUCUGCGGGACGGCCAAGGGGGACACCGAGGGGGACACCGGCUGUUGGCAGGAGAGGGGGAGCAGAGGGGGGCAGAGGUGCCGUCAGCUCCGGGAUGCUCCUGCCAAUGAGGCAGUCGAGCAGGAGGGAUGGACAGGACCACCGGGAGGGAAGGCGAGCGGGAGCUGCCGGCGGGAGCCCAGGGGGCUCAACGGGGACACGCCGGGUCCCUCGGCGGACAACGGCAGCCUGGCCUUGGCAACUGAACCUGCAGCCCCCCCCAAAUGCCCCGGCUCUGCCCCAGAGCUGCCCCCUGCAGCAGCCAGCCCCACGGCUGACCCCAGCCAGGAGUGGAAAGUGGUGAAGAUUCAGCGGGUCCUCAUCAACCCUGCCGGCGAGCCGAGGAAAGCAGGUCUCUCCCGCAGCGCCAGCCUCUCUGAGAAGGAGUUGAAGGAGGCGAAGGCGCGGAGCCGGAGGAUCGCGGCGCAGCUCACCACGGCACCCAGCCCCAGCUCCAAGGGCGUCCUGCUCUUCAACCGCCGCAAGCAGCGUGUCGACGGGCUCGCCGGGGCCGGGCAUGGCGGGGGGCUGCCACUGAGCCCCGCGCCCCGGCCUCGGCAAGCAGCCAUGGAGGAGGGUGAGGGGCAGGGGACGAAGCCAGAGCCUCACCAGCCCGGCACCCCAGGAGAAGGGCUGCAGGCGAACGCCUCCCCGUGCCGGGAGUCGCCUGCCGAAGCCCAGCAGGUCCCGCUUAGCAUCUACCUGAAGGAGAACUUGGCAUCAGCUACCACCAACGGCGUGCAGGAGGGGAUGGCCAGCAGGAUGGAGAGCAGGGCGGCGGGGGGGCUCGGGGUUGCAGGAGCCCCUGCGGGGCUGAGCACAGCAGCGGCUCUUGCCCUGCCACAGAGCCCCAAGGAAGGGAAGAAUGGCGAGGUGCCCGGCGAGUUGCCCAGCAAGGUGCCCAGCGCGCCAGUGGGGACGGCCACCGGGACGGCAUCCCCGGCCAGCCAGCAGCAGAACGGGGUGCAGGGCCGGCAGUACUACGAGGUCCAUCUCACCCUGGCCAAGCCGAAGCCUGUGAAGAACCGGACGGCCAGACCCUUUGGCACCCAGGCACCCCCCGCCAGCGGUCAGCCGGCGGAUGGACCCCCUGCCACCGAGCUGCCCCCGCCGCCCACCUACGCGGAGACCCUGAGCAGCCCCCCGCCGCUCACCCGCGUCCGCUCCCCCCCUGCCUACUCGGCUCUGUAUCCCCCCCGGGAGCAGAAGAUGCUGCCAGGUCCCCCCGUGAGCUGCGGGGCGAGCGGACCGAACCCUCUGCCCAAAACGGGGAUCCUGGAGGAGUCGGCCGCCCGUAGAGCCGGCAAAAAGUCCAUGUUCACCUUCGUCGAGAAGCCGAAGCUGGGCCCCAACCCCGAUCUGCUGGACCUGGUUCAGAGCGCGGACAGCAGGAAGAAGCAGAAGGAGCAGGGGGAGCCCGGUGCCGAGGACGAGCCCUUCGCCCUCGGGGCCGAAGCCGCCAACUUCGUCCCCAACAGCGCGGCCAGGGGCGGGCAGCACCUCCUGCCAGCCGACGACGCUCCGGCGUGGUCCUCCUGCCUCAAGUCUCCCACCAUCAAGCCCAAGCCGAAGCCGCAGCCCAGCCACAACCUCAGUGAAGCGAGAGGGAAGGGGGCCGAGCUCUUCGCCCGCCGGCAGUCCAGGAUGGAGAAGUUCAUCAUCGAGGCUCCCUCCCAGCCCGAGCUGCUGCGGUCCCCGUCGCCCACCAUGUCCCUGCCUCCCUCCUGGAGGUACGACGCCAACGCUUGCCUGUCGCCCAUGGUCUCCAGACACCCCUCCAAAAGUCCCUCCAGGCCCUCCAAAACCCCCCCAGCAUCUCUGUACGGCGGCAACCUGAUGGAAAAUGAGGUCUCCCAGAAGGAGCUGGAGAUCUCCAAGCACCAGCCCUACCAGCUCCAGUCUUCGCUCUUCAUCCUCUCUCCAUCCAAGGGGCCAGCGAGGUCCAUGCCCCGGGAGAUGCCUCCACCCAGACCCUCUCUUCCCGACGCCUACCCCUACUCCCAGCAAACCUCCUGCCCGACCUCUCCGUUGCCUCCUUCCCCUGUUUGGCAUCCCCCUGCCGUGCCCGGUGCCGGCCAGACCACCUCCAGCCCCUUCCCCGGUGCUGCCGGGGCUCUGCCCCUGACUCAUGACAGCCGUGCCGGUCCCGGAGCCCCGAACGAGGUGCUGCUGGCCUCCCCGUGCCGCCUGCUGCCGCCCCGAGCAAAGGGAGGCUUCCAGGCACCCCGGCCCUCCUACUCCACCAGGAACGCCGGCAUCGAGCCGCAGGAAAGGCGGCCGUCCCUCCCCGCCUCACCCACCUGGACGCCCCGGCCGGUGCGGCGCCCGGGCAGCCUGGACGGCUGGGCCAGCCCGGCCUCGGUGCCCGAGCUGGACGAGGGACCCCCCACGUCCCCUCCGUGGAGCGAGAGGUCCCUGUCCCCGCUGCGACAGGACGCCGACCCUCGGGCCAGCCGGCAGAUGCAAGCGCGGCUCGCCAGGAACAUCAUCAACGCUGCCCGGAGGAAGAGCUCCUCUCCCAAAGCUGCGGGGCCGGAGGGUUCCCGGCCCUUCGCCCCCAUCCCUGCCGGCCCCCCCGGCCUGCCCCAGUCCCCCCGGCCGGAGAGCUCCAGAGCCCCGGCGCCGCAGGCCGCCGGCAGCGUGCCGGGGAGCCUGGGCAGCCCCUCGCCCACCCACAAAAGUCCCCUGCGAUCGCCCCGGGCGGACGGCCCCCAAUUUUGCGCCUCUCCCGGGAUGCCCCGUCCCUCCUGGGCAGAGGGUCGCCGGCUUCUGCUGUCACCCGGCGUGUCCUCCUGCGGGCUGUCCCCCAGCCCCAAGAGUCCCCUGCCAUCCCCCGUGGUGGGUGGGCGAUCCCCGGCCAAGCGCUGCACCUCGCGGUCCCCGACGGACUCGGACGUCUCCCUCGACUCCGAAGACUCGGGGGCCAAAAGCCCGGGCAUCCACAGCUUCAACCUCUGUCCCCGGGGCUGGACCAGCAGCCUGCGGCUGAAGCAGGGGGGGCUGCCCUCGGGGGCCCCCUGCACCUCCUAGACGAGCCAGCCCCGGCCGAGCCACCCUCUCCCUGGCCCUGCCAGCCCGGGCGAUGCCACCCGCUGACUCCCCCACUGGGAACAUCCCAACCCCGGGGGCUGAGGUCCCCAAAAACCGGCGUCCCCGCUCCUCGGCGGAGCUGCUGCAGCCCCUCGACAUGCCAGCGGGGUCAGGUGCCUCCCGCCUGCCCGUGGCCCCGCUCUAUUUUUACCACCCUAACCUUUCGGGGCAGGACUGCGUGGUCAGCAGGCAGAGCAGGCGGUGGUGGUGGUGGGGGGGGGGAAGCCAGCCCCCAGCACGGCCCCCUCCCUCCGCAGCCCCUGCCCGCCAGCCGGCCCCAUGCCACAUAGCCAGGAUGGGGAUGGACUCGGUGGUCCCCUGCGAGCCCCCUGUCCCCAGUGCCGAGGUGUCACCCCGGGGCGUCACCGCAGCUCUGCUUUCCUGGGGUGGCACAGCCGGUGCCGUUGCCCACGGGGUCACGGCGCACCCGGCGUGGGUGGGCAGCGCCGAGCAGGUGCCACGGUCGGGCACGCUCUCCCAGCCUCCAGAUCUGGCUGGUUUCAACUGAAACCAGAUUUUGGGGAGGAAAAGUUAAUUUUUUAUUCCAGCCCCCCAAUUCUUCAUUGCUUUUUUUUUUUUACUUUUGACGCCUUCCGAAACAAAUUCCCCCAAAUCCUUCCCUGGUGACAAAAAGAGAGCCAAAGUUAUUUAUUGCCACAUCAAGGGGACCGUUUACAGCUGCCCUCCCGCCCCGCCCAGGCAAAGGGGGACAGCCCCAUCCUGUACCCUGUCACUGUCCCCAUCCUCAGGCUCACCCCAUCCCUGUCCCCACCCCUGAAGGAUGGAGGGACACAGGGACCGGCGGGUGCUGUGGCAGCCAGGGCGGGUGGGAGAAAGUGGGGGGCUGGGGGGAGGCAAAGCAAGUGGUACAGGUUGCAGAGGGUUUGAAGGAGGUGUCGGUGCAGGAGGGGAUGCUGAGAGUGUCUUGGGGACAAGCCAGUGUCCCCACAGGGAGCCCUCCAAGGGGCUGGGGGGGCAAGCAGAGGCCCCCAUGAUGGCAGCAGUGUCAGAGGGAGGUUCGGGGGGGGGUGAUGGGGAGAGGAGGGUGCAGGGUGGACACAGUUACGUGGCAGAGCCUGGGGAGAGCAGUGGGUGCCCAGGAGGGCAACAGGUCCUCAAAGCACAUGUCCCCAGCCAGGGGUGAGCAGGAGCCGGUUGGGGUGCCAGGAGAGGCUACGGCAGUGACCGCAGCCACCCACCCAGAGGACACAGCCUUGGUGCUGGUAAGACCAGCACCGAGAACGGAGACUGUGUUUGGGCUGCUGGGGCUGUGGCACAUUCCCUGUUCAGGGAGACCCUGUCACCCCUUCCCUUUUCCCAGGACACGCCGUCACAGCCAGCCCUUCCCUGUCCCCCGGUGUCCCCCCACCCUGCAGCCUGCCCUUCCUGGGACACAGCCCCCACCGCCACCACGACCUGCCUUCGCCACACAGUUGUAUACCCAACUCACAAAUAAACUGCUGUUAUCCCA